CCUCGCAUGCUCUCUACACAGCUCUUCUUCUUCUCUGUUCCCCAAUAACUCAUAUUGCAUCGGCGGCCAUCAAUCUCGGCGCUCUCGAUUUGACUUAUUUUUUUAGUCCCUCUACUGCCCACGCCAGGCCCACGCACCCGUCCAAAGACAGCCCUGCCCACCAUGGUCAUGCCCAAGAGCAUCACCAAGCCCGAGUGGACGACCUUCGGGCACUCGGCCGUGUUCGACUCGAGCCGGGCCGAGCGCGUCGAGGACGAGGCCUUCUUCCGCACCAUCCCCGCCUGCAACGAGCGCCUGAGCCGGCCGGGCGUGCGCACCUGGGCCCCCGCGACGAGCGACGUCUUCGCCAUCACGCUCAACACGGACCUCGCGCUCAAGGGCUUCCUCGUGUACUGGGACGAGCCCGCGCGAGACGCCGCCGCCGCCAGCAACAACAACAGCCAAGACAUAUCAAAGUCCCCGGCGCAGAAAGUCGAGUACACCCCCGGCACGUCGCACCUGAUCCCGGACGCGGACGAAGUGCCCCUCGUGCGCGAGGUGCACGCCCUGCUGCGCACGGAAAUCGGCCUGCAGUCGUACCCGGGCCUCAUGCAGGGCGGCAUCGUGUCCGCCCUCAUGGACGAGAUCACCGGUCUGGCCACCGUGGUGAACCGCAUCCGCGGCGUCAGAGGCUUCAAAGAGCACCUGUUCAUGACCUCGAGCAUCACGACGGCUUUUGCCAGGCCCGUGCCCACGCCCGCCACCCUCGUCGUCACUGCGCGGAUCAAGGAGCUCAAGGGCAGGGUGGCCACUGUCGAAGGGGAGAUUAGGAAUUUCGAAAAGGGUGGCGAGACGGGCCCUGUGCUGGCCAAGGUGGAUGCUGUGUGGGCUGGCAUCAAGCUGCGGGACGGCAAGCCGGUGCAGUUCAAGUUCGAUACAUCAAGCGGAAUCCGACCCAAACUCUUUGGAAUAGUGAAUCUGCAGACCCUUAUGGCCGCUCGCCACCCGCUGAUGUUGCGGGUGCGCCGCCGCAUCAAACCCCUUCGCGCCGGACACGACGUGCACGGUGUAGUCCACCACGACAGCCCUGUCCUCCUUCCGGGGGAUCGCGGCAGUAGAGGAGUGCAAGUCCGCGGUACUGCCCACGGGCCCAGUACCCACGCCGGCCCCGCGCUGCGAGUCGUCGUCGUCGUCAUCAGUCACAUCGUCCAUCAGAUUGAACGUGGCCAUGCUGAACACGUUGCUCGUCGCGCGGGAUUUGUUGAAGCCAGUAUCGCCCCCCGCGCCGCCGACGGCCCUGCUGUUGUAAUACUGCACGCCCCCCUGGCCGUAGGUUGGGGCGGUGGUGUUGGUGGACAGACCGAGCUUGACAAGCACGAUGCGGAACAGCGGCCGGAGCGUGGCGAAGCUGCCCGCUGCGAUGGCGCGGCCGGCUUCGACUUGAGACCAGACAGCAAUCGUGGUGGCAGACCCUGUUGGCGUGACGUAGGUUGUGUCAGAGAGGCAAGAGGAGGUAGAUUGGCUGAUGACGAUGGCGGCACUGGCACUAUCAGAAAGAUUACUCGGUCAGCGGGCGGAUACUCUGAGUUACAAGUUCAACGUCAAACUCACAUGCAAGCCAUGCCAACGACUAAUGUCAACGCCAUCUUGGUCUUGAAGUCCAUCUGCAGGUGGAAGACGAGCCAGGCGGGCAGCAGCGUGAGGCCAGUCGUUGAAGGCACGCGUCUCACCUACAAGGCUGUCGACGUGGCAGCCUCUGAUCGCGGCGAGCCUGGCAUCACCUGUGCCCGCUUGAAGAAGUCCUGCCUACCACAAGGGCAGGAUCAGCCACAGCAUGUCAAGUUCGUGACCUUCGUGGCAGGUGUCGAUCCAGACAUGCUAGGACAAAGCGACAUUCCCUUACCGAUCAACUCGCCGCCCGAUGUCCUCUUUACAGAUCAUUUCAUUACUUUCCUCGCCACCUGCCAGCUUACGAAGCGGUUCAGCGCCCUGGCACCUGAAUUCAUCCACUUCAUUCAAUCGCCCGGGCCGUUGCGGGACAUUGCGUUAGCCAUCGGUGCUCUUGAGACCAGCAGGAAGGGCUCUAUCCGAAGCUCGGGACGGCGAGAGAACACAGACUCGACUGCUUUGUCUCUGUAUGGGAGGUCAAUUCGUACUUUUAGCAAGGAUAUUGCAGCUCCCACCUUUCAGCCUGGCGAGGAGGCUUUGUGGACCACCUUCUUGUUGGGAUUGUUCGAGCUCAUGUCCAAGGUCUCGUCUGCGGAUGCCUGGUCUAUGCAUAUGAUCCAAGGCGUGAGCCAGAUAAUCAAGCACAUACCCUCCUCAGCGCCGCUGACGCCGCUUGGCAAUGAAUUGCUGGAGGUAUGUCGCUGCCUUGGAAUUCACAGGGCAAUACUUUACGGUGCAGAUACCUCUCUGGAGAUGCACAGAAUUGUAGAGAAGGCAGACAGUUCUCAGUUUUCCGCAAUGCGUUUAUCUCUCGAGCUUAUGCUUGGGGCAUCACUUCUUAGC